UCCUCUUUUCUUGGCUGUUGGGUCUACCUGAAUUCUUCAUUUCAAAGCUCAUAUUUUUUGAUUGUUUCCUUUGGUGCUCUCCUUAGAAUCUGUAAAUUGGGUUUUCAAGGUUUUGUUGAUUGGAUCUUUGGGUUGGUUUCUUUUCUUUGAUUUUGAUAUCAAAGACUCAGCCUUUGUAAUUGUUGAUCGUGUACAAGCAUUCUAUUAUUUAUAAAAAAAUCUGUACAUUAAAUUAACCUUUUUUAGGGUCAUCUUGAUAUCUUACUUGGAAAUUCCAUCCUUUUUUGGACAAGAUUUGCAACUUUUCCAACCUGAAAGCUUUGGAUUUUAUUACAGAAUUGCAGUGUGCUGAAGAGUUUGUUUAGAUUUUCUUAAGAAAGUCGAAUCUUUGAGAGUUUUAGGUGAUUCAAAAGAUGACAAUUGGGGAUAUAACAUCAAAGAAGGAGAGAAAGUCAAGGAGGAGCAAGCAUGUUGUUUAUGAGAAAGCUCCGUUGUUGCCUAAACAUCAAGAUGAAGCAGCUGGUUAUGAUGAAUUCAAUGGAGCUUCAUUUACUGGGGCGGUGUUCAAUUUAUCAACAACAAUUGUUGGUGCUGGGAUCAUGGCCUUGCCUGCAACAAUGAAAGUUCUGGGAUUGAUUCUUGGGAUUGCCAUGAUCGUCUUCAUGGCAUUCUUAACUGAUGCAUCUAUUGAAUUCUUGCUUAGAUUCAGUAGAGCUGGGAAAACAAAUUCUUAUGGAGGUCUCAUGGGAGAUGCGUUUGGAAAGUACGGAAGAAUCUUUUUGCAAAUCUGUGUUCUGGUCAACAACAUUGGUGUACUCAUUGUUUACAUGAUUAUUAUUGGUGAUGUGCUGUCUGGAACAUCAUCAAGUGGGGUGCACCAUGCAGGAGUCCUCGAAGGGUGGUUCGGAGAACACUGGUGGAACGGACGAUCCAUUAUUCUUCUCAUCACUACACUCGGCAUCUUCGCUCCCUUGGCAUGUUUUAAGCGGAUCGAUUCCUUAAGAUUUACAUCCGCCUUAUCAGUUGCUCUAGCAGUUGUGUUUCUUGUCAUCACUGUCGGAAUAGCAAUUAUCAAGCUGAUUAGUGGAACUAUAAUAAUGCCUAGGUUACUCCCCGAUGUCACCGAUUUGACGUCAUUCUGGAAACUCUUCACAGUAGUCCCCGUUUUAGUCACUGCAUACAUCUGCCACUACAAUGUUCACAGCAUAGAUAACGAACUGGAAGACCCUACCCAGAUAAGACCGGUUGUACGAACAGCAUUGGGUUUGUGCUCAUCGGUUUACAUAAUGAUAAGCUUUUUCGGGUUUCUUCUAUUUGGUGACGGAACAUUGGAUGAUGUGCUUGCCAACUUUGAUACCGACCUUGGAAUCCCCUAUAGCUCCCUGCUUAAUGAUGCUGUCCGUGUCAGCUACGUUGCUCACCUCAUGCUUGUAUUUCCCAUUGUUUUCUAUCCACUGCGACUCAACAUGGACGGCCUCCUCUUCCCUUCUGCAAGGCCUCUAGUUCUGUCUAAUACGAGGUUUGCAUGUAUUACUGUCGGACUCAUCACAGUUAUCUUCUUGGGUGCUAAUUUCAUACCCAGCAUCUGGGAUGCUUUCCAGUUCACCGGAGCAACUGCUGCAGUUUGUCUUGGGUUCAUCUUUCCUGCCGCGGUUACUCUUAGGGAUCACCACUUCAUAGCAACAAAGAAAGACACUAUCUUAGCUCUUUUAAUGAUUGUCCUCGCAGUAUUCUCGAACGUGAUAGCCAUAUACAGCGACGCAUACGCCCUCUUUAAGAAGAAUUCAGGACACAUGGAAUGAUCUAUGUAGCAGUCCCCUUGGUUCCAAGAAGUGAGAUUUUACGUCUCGACAUCCUUGAAGACACCUGGUUUUUAUAGAAUCAUCCGAUAUAUGUUUCGAAAAUCCGGGUUUCGGAAGGAGGUUUGAUUAAGGUAUAUAAUAAUAAGAUGAAGUUUGCUUUCAAUGAAUAAAACUUAGAUUGUAGGGAAGUGUAUGAAGGUCAUGCAUCAUACGCCCCAUGUACGAUUAAUGCUUGAUUUUGAACAUUUUAAAUUGUAAAAUAGAAAAUAUGGUGUUUUCAGAUUAAUAAUGGCUUUGCUUGA